AUGAAGACGGAGAACAGCCGUCUAACGUCGCGAUCGACACUGCAUCUCCUGCCUGAGGACGUAGCGGCAGGCGCCUUCCCUCUACCAUUCUAUGCCCGAGUCGUCGGUAUAGAGGGGGACGAGGUCAAGUUCCGAAGCUUUGACGGGGAAGAAGGAGCGCUUUCGCGGUCCGUCGCCGCUCGCCGAACAGUCACGAUAGCGGCCGUGAACAAGAUGGGGAGGGUGUCGCUGCUUCGCCGGCCAGUGGCCGUCACUACGGGAGAUCCGGAGCCCAAGACUUUCCAUGGUCAAGUCGUUGGUGUUGAGGAUGGCGAGGUGACACAUGUCGCGCUCGACACGAGCGAGUGGAGUUCUGCGGACGUCGACAACAUGCAGACGGCCAUACUAUCGAGGAAUCAUCCCGAGCCGUCUGCAAUCUGCAAGUGGGUGGAUCCUCAGUCGGGAUCAGAGACACAAUUUCCUCUCCAACACGCGGUCGACUACGCCUUCUACAUCGACGGUGAAGCCGGUGGCGCGCCGGCGGCACUUGGCGAAUCGUUUUGCCGCGCACACGACGAAUAUGUGGUGUCCACCGGUACACAUGAGAUGCAUCGGACCCGAUCGCCAGACCGGUUCCAGCCACUGUGCAAGCAGCAGGAUCAAAACGCAGCCAAUCCCUUCAUGGAUGCCCUGAUUGUAGCGAGGCUAAGUCACGACCCCGAACUACUCGACCGUUUCCUGAACCUCCGUGAGCAGUCCAGGACUCAAGCGUCCAGUGCAUCAGCAGAUGAUGAAGAAAAACAACCGCUACCACCAUUGGCGUCGCCGUGCAAGGCCAAGAGCACGACCAAGAAGUCCAAGUAUGCGUUUUCGCCACAGCGAGAGCGCCAGGAAUCUCUCCCCGGCGUGUUGACUCGCGCGUACGACUACCAGUUUGACAUUGAAGGUCUCUCGAUAAUGCACUUCAGCUUUAUGGACAGAAAGAAACGUAUGGAGUGGAUAGACUCGGGCAGUGCCAAUUUCUCGAACUUUUCGGCGACAGCGGACUUCGAACCAGCUCCAGCAGCCACCAGCAUCAACGACGUGGUUGGUGCGGUGCUCGUUUUCCAGGUGUUCGCGCGCGAAUACUGCGUCACUAGCGCGAUUGAGCUGGUGGAUGCCAUCAUUGGAUUUAUUGAGGCCAAGAUUAUGGCUCUGCGCUGGGAACCGGAGGACAUACCGGCCUUUGUUUACUGGGCCAUCCCGGGCGGUUCCGCCUCGGCGAGACAGCGAGGAAAAAGGAAAGGACACGGCCCCAUUCCGCCCAAAGUGCUGCAAAAACUGCCGAAGCUGAACGACUCGCAGGGAGGAAGUCGCCGGCUCUGCAUGCGGUUUCUAUCGAAUGCAGGGUGUGAUACCGAUCUUCACGAAGGAGCUCACGACGGCCGGGCCCACUUUGUUCCGAAAACGCUAGACGCCUUGGUCAAAGCCGAGAUCGAGAAGCGCUUCGAUGGACUGAAGCCGCAAUACAAACACUUAUGA